UCCACCGAGACCGAAGCACAGCGGCGGCUGCGUUCACGCUGCCGCCCUAGGACCCAGACCUGGACCCGGGCCCCGACCCCGACCCCGACCCGAACCGGGACCCGGACCCCAACCCAGACCCCGACCCGGACCCCAACGCGGAACCUGACCCAGACCCCGACCCGGACCCCAACCCAGAUCCUGACCCCGACCCCGACCCCAACCCCGAACCGGACCCGGAGCUGGACCCAGAGCCGGACCCUGAGCCUAAUCCCUACCCAGUCCCCGAUCCCGACCCAGACCCGGAAAUGUGAGCCCGGCUGGGACCCCGACUGCGACCCCCGCAGGUGUGGCCGGAAAUUGGGAUUUUCUGAGCGUGUUUCCAGAGGGCUCGACUGUAAAAGUUGCCUAAGACGGCCCUGGAUCUUCUGAGGUUCCGAAGAGCGUCCUGUUUUCCGCACGCGCGGCUGGUUGUGUCACCAGAUGCGCUGAGAGCGAAGCUCCCAGGAGAGGCAGCUGCCGCCUCGGGGUGGCCAAUCUCAGGACUGGACCUGCCAGGAGGCGAUAGAAGGGGUCCGGUCCUGAGACCCUGCGUGCAGCUGGCGGGAGCGGCUCUGGGACAGCAAGAUGACCACGGAACACAGGGAUGUCCUGGUGCUGCUGCCCACGCGGGAGCAGCUGCGACUGGUUGUGGGGGUGCAGGCCACCGGACGCGAGCUCUUCCAGCAGGUGUGCGACCUGACGAGCAUCCGGGAUGCCCACUUCUUUGGCCUCAGCGUGGUCAGAAACAACGAGUAUGUAUUUAUGGAUUUGGAGCAGAAGCUCAGCAAAUACUUCUCAAAGGACUGGAAGAGAGAAAUGCAUCAAGGAAAUGGGAGAUCCGGUGCCCCCUUCGUGGCCUUCCUCAGAGUGCAGUACUACGUGGAAAAUGGAAGGCUCAUAAGGGACAAGAGGGCCAGGCACCUGUACUACUGCCACCUGAAGGAGCGGGUGCUGAGGUCCCAGUGCGCCCACCGGGAGGAGGCCUACUUCCUGCUGGCCGCCUACGGGCUGCAGGCUGACCUGGGCAACCACCGGGAGCCGGCCCACGUCGGGAGGUACUUCGAGCCACACGCCUACUUCCCGCAGUGGAUCAUCAGCAGGAGGGGCAGCGCCUACAUCCUCAGGCACACGCCCGCCAUGCACCGCGAACAGCGGGGCCUGAGCCCCAAGGAGGCCGUGCUGUGCUUCAUCAGGGAGGCCUGCCGGCUCGAGGACGUGCCGGUCCACUUCUUCAGGCUAUACAAGGAUAAGAAGGAAGAAUGGCCUACGAUUGUGCUGGGGCUGACCCUGAAAGGAAUGCACGUCUAUCAGGAGGUGAACCACGCUCCGCAGCUGCUCUGCGACUUCCCCUGGUCCCACGUAGGGAAGCUGGCCUUCCUGGGGAAGAAGUUCGAGAUCCGGCUGGACGGCCUGCCCUCGGCCCGGAAGCUUGUGUACUACACGGGCUGCGCCUCGCGCUCCCGCCACCUGCUUCAGCUGCUCAGCACCAGCCAUCAGCUGCACCUCACCCUGCAGCCUGUCCUGCGACGGCUGCGGCAGCUGGAGGAGGCCGAAGAGAAGAAGUGCUACCGGGAGUCCUACAUCAGUGACUCGCUGGAGAUGGAGAUGGAGCUGGACCCAGCUGGCGGGGGCCCCCCUGGAUCCCUUGGCAGCGGGGACAGCGGGAACAGUAGGCAGCGUCCCGCCCACUGCCUCUCGCUCCUCUCGGCCAACAGCCACGGCAGCUCCCACACGUCGGGCAUGGAGGCCGAAUCGCGGCCUGUGGAGCCCCGGGAGAUGUCGGUGGACGAGCCCCUGGUGGCCGAGGCGUUGGGCGGGGAGGUGCUGUCCUGCAGCUCCAGCGCCAGCCACAGCAGCAGCGGCACGGACGGUGGCGGGCCCAAGGGCGACACCCGGGACCAGGGGGACGCCUCUCGCCAGGAGCCCCUGUCGGUGGUGCGGGUAACCCUGCUCAGGAUGAGGGGCCAGAGCACCGAGGCCCUGCACCAGGUCCCUAAGGCGGAGGACCGGCCCCGCCGCAGUGUGGACGACGCGCGCCCGCUCCGCGACCAGCGCCCCACGCCCGCCCCGCGCAGCCGCCCCUUGGGGCCCGCGACGCCGCGCGGAUGGACGUCCACGAACUGCCUCUCCCUGCACCUGCUCGGGCACGACCAGCUCCCGCAGGAGUUCGUGGUGUAGGCGCCUCGCCGCGCGGCUCCGCCCACGAGGGGCUGCGUCUACAGUGCACGGCUCCGCCCACUAGGGGCUCGGUCCA